AUGUGUUUCCCAUGCUGGUACAAAGUGGUCGACGCUUCCGAGUAUCUGGUGAUCACCGGUGCAUGGAUCGAUGACUUGAAGGUGAAAAAGAAGGCAUGGAUCCUCAUCCUCCCCGGCCAGACCUACACCAUCAUCGACCUCUCUCCGGUCAACUACACCUUCGAAGUCCAAGCCAUGAGCGCCGAGAAGCUUCCGUUCAUGCUCCCUGCCGUCUUCACAAUCGGCCCCCACAUUGACGACAUGGAUUCCGUCAAGAAGUACGCCAAGCUGCUCUCGAACCAUGACAAGAACUCCAACCACGUGAAGGAGCUGGUCCAGGGCGUCAUCGAGGGCGAGACUCGUGUGCUCGCGGCCUCUAUGACGAUGGAGGAGGUGUUCAAGGGCACCAAAGAGUUUAAGAAGGAGGUUUGGGACAAGGUUCAGCUGGAGCUCAACCAGUUCGGGCUUAUAAUUUACAAUGCGAAUGUCAAACAGUUGGUGGACGUUCAAGGACAUGAGUAUUUCAGUUACUUGGGCCAGAAGACUCAGAUGGAGGCGGCCAACCAGGCCAAGGUUGACGUGGCGGAGGCCAGGAUGAAGGGGGAGGUUGGCGCCAAGUUGAGGGAGGGGCAGACCCUGCAGAAUGCGGCGAAGAUCAAUGCAGAGACGAAGAUCAUAUCGACUCAGAGGGAAGGAGAGGGGAAGAAGGAGGAGAUUAGGGUGAAGACGGAGGUCAAGGUUUAUGAGAAUCAGAAGGAGGCUGAGGUGGCUCAGGCCAAUGCUGAGCUGGCAAUGAAGAAGGCUGGAUGGGCCAAGGAGGCGCAGGUGGCGCAGGUGGAGUCGACCAAGGCGGUGGCGUUGAGGGAAGCCGAGUUGCAGAAGAAGGUGGAGACGAUGAAUGCCCAGACUACGACCGAAAAGCUCAAGGCUGAGCUCUUGAGCAAGGCCAGCGUUGAGGCUGAAACGAAGGCGCGGGAGGCAGAAUGGAAUCUCUACCAGAAGCAGAAGGCAGCGGAUGCCAUUCUUUACCAAAAGAAGAAAGAGGCUGAGGCUACGGAAACAGCUGCUGAUGGAGAAUUCUAUGCAAAGAAGAAAGAGGCCGAGGGACUGGUGGCACUCGGACAAGCCCACGGCGCUUAUCUGCACACUCUUCUGGAGGCAAAUGGAGGCGACUAUGCAGCUGCGAGAGACUACAUGAUGAUCAAUGGUGGGAUGUAUUCGGCGAUUGCAAGGAUUAAUGCUGACGCCGUGAAAGGACUUCAGCCCAAGAUUAGCAUCUGGACUAAUGGGGGAGACGCUGCAGACGGUGGUGCUGGUGCUGGCAAUGGCAAUGCAGCUAUGAAGGAGAUUGCCGGCCUUUAUAAGACACUGCCACCAUUGUUACAGACGGUUCAAGACCAAACUGGAAUGCAGCCUCCCAGUUGGAUGGGAACUUUGUCAGUUGAAGAUUCUCAGCGUAGGAAUUGA